CAACUCUCACCUAAUCCUCGGUUAAUCACCGUAUUGGGUGAGGGAUGGCAAUACGCAAAACCUAGAAAUACGCAAAUCCGAUCCUAUUACCCCUCUUUCACUACGGAGAGUUGGCCAGGCCAACCGAACGAUUUGUGCUGACCAAGGUAAGGUAAGGUACCUUAAGGUAGGUACCUACCAGGUAUAUAAAAUGCGGCGAAGCACUCUUCUUCGUUGGAACACGUCCGUAAUAAUCGUCCUUUUAUGAAAAUCAAAGAUGGCUUCUUCAACUACAGCGAUUGAGCAACCUAAAAUAAAGUUGUAUUGGCUUGAUCAAUCACGUUCCCAACGCAUAGUAUGGCUCCUUGAGGAGUUGAAGCUUCCCUAUGAGGUCGAGAUCUUCCACCGGGACAAGAAAACCAAGUUCGCACCGCCCGAGCUCAAGAAGAUCCACGCUCUGGGGAAGUCUCCCGUCCUCUCUGUCACGCCCCCGGGCUCCUCCUCCUCCCAGCCGGUCAUCAUAGCCGAGAGCGCCUUCAUCGUCGAGUACCUCCUGGACCAUUUCUCGAGCGGGAGUACCCUGCUCCCGAAACGGUACCGGGAGGGCCAGGAUGGCAAGCUUGGGGGCGAGACGGAGGAAUGGAUGCGGUUCAGAUAUUACAUGCAUUACGCCGAAGGCAGCCUCAUGACGCUGAUGCUUGUAUCCCUCCUCGCUCUACAAAUUAAGAAUUCCCCCGUGCCCUUCUUUCUCAAGCCCAUCACCCGUGCCGUGGCUGGCAAGAUCCAAUCCGGCUUCCUGGACUCGAAUUUCAAGACGCAUUUCUCGUUCUUGGAGGCGCAGCUUGCGUCCGCGCCGGGGGGUGGCCCGUACCUCUGUGGUCCAAACCUCACGGGUGCGGAUAUCAUGUUGAGCUUCCCUCUGAUGGCCGGGAGGGGCACCGUGGGCUUGACAAAGGAGGAUUACCCCAAGCUCCACGCGUACGUCGAUAGAUUGGAAGCGGAGCCGGGUUAUAAGAGAGCCGUCGAGAAGAUCAUAGAGCUCGAUGGGAAGUUCGAGGUAUUCAAUGUCUGAAUGUGUGUGGAAUGGUGUGAAGAGUGACUCGCUUUUGAAAGGGUGGUAUUGUUUUUCAAAUAUACGGUAGCUCCUCUCAUCAUCAUGACUUUUAAUGUAACCAG